ACAGACAGACAGUCAGAGAGAGCGAAAGAGGGAGAGAGGAAAUAAAAGUUAAAGAAAAUAAACAUUUCGAUGCAAAGCGAGAAUGGUGAGCGCAUUGAAUUGCUUUGGCCUGGCCAUCGGUUGUGUGGACAUCAUAGGAGCUUUGUUCUUUGAGCUGAUGAUUAUUUUCAUGCUGUGCCAAAGAAAAGGCCACAGAACAACAACUGAAGAAGAGCAGUCGACGGAUGUGACAACGUUCCGUGGCAACAGGGUAAGUGCUCGGUUGCUGUGGAUUUACCUGUUCAUAUUGAACGUGUGGAUAGCUAUUUCAAUGCUGAUGCUCGCUGGAAUCAUAUUGCACAAGCCACAGCUGAUGCUGGUCUGGCUUAUCUGGUGCUUUGGUGGAAUGAUAUUCGAUGUGGUGUUUGUUUUUUUAUGGAUCCUGGAGCUACUGUCGGGCGAUGUCAUUGAGGCGCUAACUAACAUCAUGAUAUCAUUGCUAACUAUGGCUGUCGAAUUUGCCUUUAUUCUUAUAAUAUAUCACAUUUAUGUCAGUGUACCACAGUCACCAAGCGCACGGCAAGUCCAGAGAAACCCUUUGUUACGCUUCACACACUUAUUAUUUUAAUUUGGCAAACGACUGCU